UAAACAAGGCAGUGGUUACCAUAGUUACACAGUUCUUGUGAGUUUCACCUGUUUUGACCAUAGUUACACUUCCUGCACUUCCCUCAGCCCAUUAGCCUCCCAGAUAAGAUCCAGGAAGUGUUAUAAGGUCAAGCCUAAUUAAGCUAAGAGGACUGAGCCCUCUAAACUGGGACUUGUUUGUGAUUUUGCCAGCAGGUCAGUCUGAGGCUCAACCCUAUAUCGGUUCCCCACAGCAUGGAUACCAAGCUGGGGGAUGUAAUUGCAGGAGCCUGAGGAAGGGGUGGGGAAGCAUGGGCUUUGUCAGGUCUAUGGGUUUAGAGCCCCUGCCCAACAGAAUUCCCCUUGCUGUGUUGAGUAUGCAAGCCUGGGAUUCAGGGAAGGGGUGGACUUGGUGGGGUAACAGCAUAAUCUGGGUAGUGAACUUGGCCUUUACCAAGGCACAGAUGGAAGUCAGGACUACAUUGCCACACAGGGACCCCUGCCUCACACCUUGCUAAACUUCUGGUUCCUGGAUUAGGAGUUUGGGGUUAAGGUCGGCUUUGGGGGUCGGUCAAGUGUGGCCCUCCUUUUGCCCUGUUCCCUUCUCUCUCCCCAGUCUAACCCAAAUUACCUCCCUCUCCUGUUACACCUCUUGUUUAGAUGAUCGUGAAAAACAUGUAUUUGAUUUUUAAUCAAAAAUGCUUUGUUUUCUGUAAAUGUGUCUUUUGGCACUCAUGAUCUUUGUUCUCCUCCCUCUUCCCACCUGCCCACAUCCUCAGAUGAGAGAAACGUGGCUGAAUGCAGAUAUCAUGCUCAGGACCCUCCAGGUCACUUUCCAGAAGGUACUAAAAGGGGAGGAAGAGCUGCAGUAUGUGUCCUGGCCAGACAGAGGGGUCCACAGCUAUCCUGACUAUAUUUUCGCCAUGGUGGAGGAUCGUUACCUCCAGGGAUCUGGCCCCAGCCCCUUCUGUGUCCGCUGAAGCUUGGGAUGUGGAUAAACAGGUGUCCUGUGUACCAUGGAUUAUGUGAAACAGUUGCUCCUGACCCAGGAGCAAUACAGUUUCCUGUACCAUGCUGUGGUUCAGAUGGUCUUCUCAGAACUCCAAAACUUGAGUCCCCAUUCCCAGAACCUCAAGGCAAAUUGUGGCCCACUCUUUGAUGAUGCCAUCUUCCUCCAGAGUUUUCUGGCUCUUCCUGCCAUGCCUGCCUGGCCUACCUGGUGUUUUCCUCAUGUACCUAGCUCCAGUCCCUCAUUCGCGAGCUGUUUCACUUCCUCCCGAACUCCCCUCAGGCAGGGAGUAUCUCAGUGCCCCACAGCCUUCGCCAUGGCUGAUACAUAUGCGGUGGUGCAGAAGCGCAGGGCUACUUCAGGCCCCGGGUCAGGGUCUGGGGCAUGCAGCACGGAGGGAGCACCGCUCUACAGCCAUGUGACGCCGGGCACCCGCUGGCCGCAGGCACCCACAGAGGAGGGGGCACAACUGGGCGGUGUUCCUGCUGACCCG